CGCCUCCUCCGGAGCAUGCGUCCCGCUCUCCGGACCGGGUUCCGACGCGCAUCGCGGGCCGUGACACGGGCCCAACGGCUCAGCGACCUCUCGCCGGGGCUCCGGCCGGCCGGGCAGCGUUGCUGAGAGCGUCCGGAGGGGCGGGGGUGGGGUUCGUUGCUCCCCCGCGCGGUUGCGAGUGGGCAGCUUUGCGGGAAGGGCUCCGGCGCUGAAGGUGGGAAGCCCCCCACUACUCCUCCAGGCGGGCGGGGUGACCGCAUCGCUCGGGGGAAGAGAGGAGGUGGUCGGGCAGGGGCAGCCAGCCUCUCUCUGCCAGGCUUCCCCUCGAAGCUCGCCCGCUUGGAGCGCUUCCCCUGCAAGAGGCGACCGGCGCGUCCUCGCUCCCUUCCCCGCGCUCGGUGUCCCCGUUUAGGAGAACCAGGCGCCCCCGAGGCGAAGGAAAGGCCGCCCAGAAGCCGGGGCGGGGAUCGCGCUCCUUUCGCAGCAGCACCGGCAGCCUCCCGGAUUGGGCCCGGGUCCGACAGCCCCCCGCCUGCCUCCGCGCCGGCCGCCCCCGAGCCGCCCCUGCAGUAGCGGCAGCCGCGCCAAGCGCUCUGCGCCCCGGAGCUCCGAAGGCGCAGCGUCGGGCCUCUCCGGGUUCGGCCCUAGGGGACGAUGGAGGCCAUUUGGCUCUACCAGUUCCGCCUGAUCGUCAUUGGGGACUCGACGGUGGGCAAAUCCUGCCUCAUCCGCCGCUUCACCGAAGGGCGCUUCGCCCAAGUCUCCGACCCGACCGUGGGCGUGGAUUUCUUCUCGCGCCUGGUGGAGAUCGAGCCCGGCAAAAGGAUCAAGCUGCAAAUCUGGGACACCGCCGGCCAGGAGAGGUUCAGAUCCAUUACGCGAGCCUACUAUAGAAAUUCCGUCGGUGGCCUGCUCCUCUUUGACAUUACCAACCGCAGGUCCUUCCAGAACGUCCACGAGUGGCUGGAGGAGACCAAGGCCCACGUCCAGCCUUAUCAGAUUGUCUUUGUUUUAGUGGGCCACAAAUGCGACCUGGACACGCAGCGGCAAGUCACCCGACAUGAGGCCGAGAAACUGGCCCUCGCCUACGACAUGAAGUACAUUGAGACCUCGGCACGGGAUGCUAUUAACGUGGAGAAGGCCUUCACUGACCUGACUCGAGACAUCUAUGAACUCGUGAAAAGGGGGGAGAUAAGCAUCCAGGAGGGCUGGGAAGGGGUCAAGAGCGGCUUUGUGCCCAACGUUGUGCACUCUUCGGAAGAAGUGGUGAAGUCAGAUAGGAGGUGCCUGUGCUAACUGGGAAGUCCCCGCGAGGAGGAAGGAGGCUGACUCUUGAGUAGCCCCAACGGGUUCCAUUCUACUCCACAAACUUGGUGGGCAGACAGAGAAGGUGCAGUUCGAGAGGCAAAGCACCGGCGCUUGGACUGCUGGAGGACAAAAGCCACAAGGAGGCUAUAACCCCACCAUGUACGAAUCAAUCCAGAUGCAUGUUCAUGUGGUAGAGAUAAGGCCAUGGGAGUCUGGAAAAACGGGGUAGGGAUAGUCACCAUCAAUGGGUUUUAUGUACCCUGGUUUAAAUAGAUUCAUCUAUCAUUGCUUUUUGCUUUUCUUCUUCUUUUUUCUUUUUUUUUUCCUUUUCUUUUUCUUUUGAAGCCAUAGUCCAAAUCGCCUACAAUUAGGAAGUGUAUUUAGAACAGGGACAAAGGAAAGAGAGAGAAAUCAUGGCUUCUCCAGAAAUCAUAUGCUUGCUACCUUUUAAUAAUCACCAUGGCUCAAAUAAUAAUAAUAAUAAUAAAAGGCUUGCUGCAAUAGAAAUUAAACAAGUUAAAACAUUGCGGAGCCACUAAAAUUGAAGACAGAAAGACCUUUACUUUAUUAGUUCCAGUUUUGAUGUCUCAAAAGCUUCUGGGAAUUUGAUAGUUCAGGUUCCACCAUUAACCUGGGAAGAACUCACCAAUUGAAUUGGUAAGAUCAAUAUUUAUUGGUUCUUUAUGAGAUACAUAGCCACAUUCCUUCAAGAGCCUAAGGGUACAUCAUGCUCCCCCCACCCCCGCUUAUUUUUCUCCAGAAAAAGCAGCCCCACAAAGGAAGCUGGUGACUGGCCAGAGUCAAAGUCAUCCAUGGUUGAGGGGCACCUGAAAGACUCUGGGUGUCCCCAGUCCUAGCCCAACAUUUCAACCAUUACAGUACCCAUACUGAUUCUCAAUCCUGAAAGGAUUCCCAUGAAGAUAUUUUCUAAUUGAGCUCUAUGAGUCAAGUGUGCAAUACUUUCCAUUUUAAUGUUAGAAUUACACAGUGAUGAGUAUUCCCUAUGUAUUUGAUGAUUCCCUCCCCCCUUCACUUAAACCAUGUCCAGUUUAAAGAAAUCUUUCAGUUCUUGCUGGGUCUUUCAUCCAAGAUCUGAAGGAAUUGGAAUCUCAGUUGUUAAGAUUUCUGCAAGAAGAAGUAACCCUAUUGAUUUAUUACUAAUAAUGGUUAUUAAAAUACAUGAUGCCAUUUAUAUUCUACCUUUUCUCAGGGAGUCCCAGCACACUUAUGUGGGCUCUCUUUCCCAAUACCACAAACCUUUGAAGUAGGUUGGACUAGGAGGUUAACUGGUCCGAAGUCUCACAGCGAGACGUUGAUCACCCCAUGAUCACCUCAUUAGAUCACCGUGAUCUAAGUCCAGUUCAUUAUCCACUACAUUCCUUAAUGAAAUGUUGGAGGCUGCUUGGGCCACCUGGAAAGUUGCAUUCCUAUAAGCGAUAAAAAGAGGGGGGUUGAUGUGUGUGAGAGGGGGGUACUAUUUAAUCAAGAAUGUUCUAAUUUUCUUCUGGAAAAAGCCAAGAUCGAUUAAAGUUGAAGUAGCAUUGAAACCAUGCUUCCUGCUCUUUGCAUGUUGCAUUUCCUGCGAGUCCCAGCUGAAAAGAAAGAGGAUGCAUGGUAUGAUAGGCAAGAUAGAAGACAUGCAAAGCAACCAUUGUUUUGCAAGUCAGUUAACUUGCGAGUGUUGUAGUUUUAAAGGCCUUUCUUUCCCUUCCGAACAUAUUAUCAAUCAUUUAAGCUUUGCUUUAAGAAAGCAAGCUAGAUUAGUUAAGCAAGGGCACUCAUGACACAACCUGGAAUUCUUAAGAGGAAAAUCAAUGUCUUCAAAAUAAAAAAUGAUUCGCUUAGUUAUCAAGAGAUGGAUGUGAGCAGAGGGUCUUGAUGUGAGCAGAGGGAAGUAAUCAGCGACUUGCAAGUGACAUAUGUUGUUUGGGAGAUGCUGAAUGAUGGGAAACGGCUUUUAAAACCAAGAUGAACCUGUGCAUUUUCAGCAGCAGUUCCACUUUUUCUCUUGUUGAUUAUUUUGCAUCUGGAGCUGAGCUUUUUUUAUGGCCAAUCUGAAUGCAGAAAAGAAGGAAAGGAGGGUUGGAUUCCUUGAGAGCAUUGUAAACAUUCCUGAAGAACGUUUAGGAAGAAGCCAAUGUUAAAAGAAACAAUAUUAAUUGGAGUGUUGCUUUCUUUUAAGGAAAUAGUUUGCUUUGAGGCAGAAAAGGGCUACACUGUUUUUAAUGACCUACACACAUCCAGGGCGUUUACUUUUCUUUUUGGGAGGUGACUGUAAUAAUGUAAUAAUCAGCAGAAGCCACAAGUAAACAUGCAUCCCAUUUGUUAAGGCCAUUGAGAAACUUUUAUAGUAAUACAAUAGAAUAAGGGAGGAAGCCCACAUAUACUCAAGGCAAAUUUUUUUUUAUCAGCAAGUCAGAUUUAGACUAAUCUCAAGAAUGUUGCUCGCGUUGAACCCAGGAGUAAAAUAGAUUGUAGGAUUGGUUAUAUUUUGCAUGCUCUGGCUCAAAUUGUAGCUUUAUAUAAGGAAUAAAGAUAGAAAGGCAAAUGCUUCUGCCUCUUAACUAAUUAAAGACGUUUUAGUCAACCAUCUGAAUUUCUGCUGAAUAAUUACUUAAACCUGCAUAUGGGGGAGGGGGGAACAUUUCUAUGAAACAAAGAGGUUGGGUUCUUUUUAGAUAGUAUCUGUGGGUGUGACAAACAGACAUUACUACUAUUGUAGAAAAAUUCCAGCUUCUUACAUAAAGGAUUGCUGUUUAUGAUCUGGUACAUGCUUGCAUUUAAUAUGCUUUUUUUAAAAAAUAGGUCUAUUUCCCCAGGAAGGGAGGAGGUGUUAGCAGUUUAAGUCAAUUAAUCAAAUUGGAUUUUUAGAAUCAAUCUAUCCAGCUGAUGAAAUGUUGGAGCACUUUUAAAAGCUAGCUUUUUUCAGAUAGCAGAAUAAAGGGUGGGAGGAAGUGAAGAUAAAUCCAUGUAAUACUUUCGACAAGCGUCAGUACAUUCGUUGGAACUUCUUUUGUUUCAUUCUGAGUUUUUUCUAUAGUUUUCUGUUUCUGCAUGAUUCACCGGUGACUUCAGAUAACUUCUAUGAUCAAAUUAAGGCAAUAUGUAAAUUACUUUUUAAAUGCCUGUUUACCAAGUGUUGAAAGUUAUGCUUAAGUAUCUUAGGUUACAGUUGCUUGUAGAUUUCAUCUGGAUUUGGAAUAGUUGAUCCAUUAAAGCAAAAUAAUUAAUUCAGAAGUGAUUUUAUAAAUAUGAGCCUUAUACAAUAGACUCUUCCAUGUGCUGUUCAAUUCUCUAGAGAAUAUUUCAUGUACGUGUACAUUGUGCAUAUGUGCACAAACAGAUAAAACUUGGGCUGUUAUAAAACCAUGUACAUUGAUGGGAGAUAAAGUCAGAGAAGAGCAACAAAGAUGAUUAGGGGACUGGAGGCUAAAAUGUGCCUAGAAUGAUUGCAAGAAUUGAGUAUGUCUAGUUUAAUUUUUUUUAAAAAGACUAGGGGUGACAUGAUAGCAGUGUUUCAAAUAGCGAUGGGAUUGCCACAAAGAAGAGGGGGAUCAACCUAUUCUCCAAAGGCAGGACAAGAAGCAAUCAAGAAGAGAAGCAACCUAGAACUAAGGAGAAAUUUCCUGACAGCGAGAACAAUUAAUGAGUGCAGUGGUUUGGCUCCAAAAUUUGUGGGUACUCCAACACUGGAAGUUUUAAAGAAGAGAUUGGACAACCAUUUGUCUGAAAUUGUAUAGAAUUUCCUGCAGGGGGUUGGACUAGAAGAUCUCCAAGGUCCCUUCCAACUCUAUUAUUGUUAUAGUCUUUUCAGUGGCACAACUCACUUCCUCUGGAUUUGAAGAUGCAUUCAGGCCCAGUUUGGUGGUAUUCUUACAGCACCCUAACCUUUGAUUGUUUUAAAUUUGGUUAGUACUUUUUUGGCUCAGCAUGUUAUUGGAAUCCAGCCAAUGGCACUAUGUGAUGUUAAGACAAAAUUUAACAUCGGUCUAAUCUGAAGUCUAAAAUCAAGAACACCUCCUAAAUCAGCCUUUACUGGAUGGGUUAUGGAGUGAAUGGAGGACUUUCUACAUGUAAAGUUCAAUUGUGAACCAUCACCAUCCCCACUACACCCAGGGAGUUUUUGGUUCCAAACCUAACAUUAUAAAUAUUUGACUUCCUUCUUGGGUUUUUUACUGUCUCAGGAACACUCUCUCCUGAGAGUGCAUCUGCAUCUCUCCUAGGGAUAUGGCAGGUGACUGAGAACCCCGAUUGCCCUUGAUUAGAAAUUUCCCUAGAAAAUUUACCUGGCAAAAGCUUUUGUUUGUUUGUUUACCUUCAGUAAAUUUUCCAAGUAAUCACAGAAUCAAAAAGGAAAAAGGAGGGAUCUAGAAGAUCGUGUAGGAACAUCUAUUGGCCUUUUGGGGGCCAUGUGCUAAGAUUAUUUACGUGAUUAAAAUAUUAUUUUUCUUACUGUCAUUUAAAAAAAGGAGCCUGGAUCCAGCACUAAUCUAAAUCAAAAUCUAUGAACUAGCAUAGCAGCAAACGCCUUUCAAUUUUUUUCUGGGUUAAUACUGACUUAAAUUAAGAAUAAACAUCUUUAUUUGUACUAUCAUGUAUUAGGAUGACACACAGAAAAUAUAUUGGAAGAUGAAAUGGAAUGGAAAUGUCUAAUAAUCCUGAUAAAAACCUGCCAGUCUUUUUCUCAUGAUUUACAUUUGUAACCCCUCUAUACAAUUAGCAGCGUACCAAGAGUGGGGGAGGAAAAAAAGGAUUCCUGCCUUUUAAAAAAAAAAAUGGAAGUGGUUUGAUUUUGUAAACCUGAUUUUCUGAACUGAUUUGAGAUGAUUUCUGACUAGUGUAAGAGAAAGGGCUAACGAAGCCAUAGGAAGCUUCGUUUUCUUUCUGCUAUCUGGCAAAAUCCAGCAAAAAUAGAAACAAGCCGUUUAUUAGUUUCAAGUUCACAAUCUUAGUCUGCAUGCUGGAUUUAAAGAAAAAUCCAGACCCUCCAGAUAUAUAAUUAUUCUGUACAUUUUUGCUAGCUUUCUGUUAUAUGACUGUAAUGAAAUGUGACGCAAUAUGUUGUAUUUAGCUGUGUGUGGAUGAAAAUUAUGCUCGCGCUUAGCAAAGCAGUUAAUGUGAAUUUGUGACAUGCAAUACAUGUAAGGAUUACUUUUUUAUUUUCCACCAUUUUUCAUGAAACCUCGAGUAACUCUGUGUACAUGAACUGUGGUGGGAAACUCGCCCCCUACUCCCCCACAGAUUAGGUUAAAAAUAAACACCACCCACUGUUUGCCAUGGAAUCCAAUUUUUUUUUUAACUUAUAGACAUGUGCCGUCAUUUGAAGUAUUUUAGAAUUGCCCGUCAUUAAGCACAACCAGAAUGAAAAGAUUCUAAGCAAUAUAAAUGGGAUAAUAUUCCAAUUGGAUGACCGCCAAGGUAACCCCUUGCGAUAUUGGUUUAUUGGUAUCAUGCGUAGCUACGUCACCGAAAUGCAUCCAUAAAGGUUUGUGUUGCAGAUUAAUAGUCCCUUUCCCAAAUGCUACAGGUGUCAAAUGAAGAUGUUUCCUACAGCAGCCUCUGCUGAUCUCUGGCCCUGGACAUUUCAUGGACAUUUUGGCAGUCCAAGGAAGGGGAGAUUCUUGUGGUUGGCUUGGAGUAACUCUAUACUGGGGCCCUGAGGGAAAUGUAACUAGUUAUUAUACUCAGAGCACAGCCAGUGCUACUUUUGGUGACCAGGUAUGGUUAUCGAAGUUCACUGUUGCAAAAGUGAAGACUGACUGGAUGGCAUUUUGGCCAGAAUCGAUUAGUUCUUCAAGAACUAGCCUUUUUGGUUGACCUUAUAAAAGAAUUCCUCAAUCGCUCUAGCUCAGCUGAAGUUACCAUGAGCUGGGUUGAAAGUUAAAAUUAUAUGGCUUUCCGUGAAACAUGAAGAUGAUCUGAGUCCAACAGAUACUUGGAUUACCCAGUUAUUCCUUUCAUUCCACCCUUUUUCGCCUUGGUGUCUUGAUAGGAAGCACUGAUCUUUAGCUAAGUUACCCAGGAGAUUGACUGAACACAUUUGGAGGGAAACCAGAGUAUGGAAGUCUGGAUUAGUUUCUUCAGUUUGUUAUCCUGCAAAUUUUCUGAACAUCAGUAUCAUUGGGGGGAGGGGGAACAUUUUUCCUAUCUCUCUUGGAAGACGAGAAAAAGAUAGGAUCAAAAAAAUGGAAAGAUGGAAAAGGAUAGGACAGAAAAGAUGGAAAAAUUUGCAACAGUGCUGCGGCAGAAUAAUAGAUUGAGACUUAAUUCCCAGAAUUUUGUUUUAAUAGCUGCCUAUAUCCAAGUCAUUUCAGUGUUGAGUCAUUUUUUAUUGGAAAAAAGGACCAAAAAGUCUUCACAGUACGCAGGCAUGUUGAUUUCAUCAUGGUGCAGAAGCCAAUGUUGAUUUUAAAUGUUUUUGAAGUUUUACAGAGUUAUUUUUAACAGUACUAAUAAACACUAGUUUUAAGGAAGUGUUGAUAAUCUUAAUCAAAUUAUAUAUUCACUUUGGGAGUACUGCAAAGAUAUAUUUGGAUUUUUUAAAAUAACAAAAGCAACUGGGAAGUUGCAGGUUUAUUUAACAAAAAUGAUUUUUGGCAAUAUAAGCAUGUCUGAGUUUUUCAUAAUCAAGAGGACUGCUUCUUUUGUUCCUGCUGCAACUGAAUUAAAUAAAAUACCCUUUUGGUUUCUUUUUUGGUAAAACACA